AUGGAAAAAAGGAUAAAGCAUCAAGAAUUAGCCAACAAGAAUCAUGAAGCUUCACUGAGAAACCUCGAAAGACAAAUUGGACAAUUAUCCAAGCAGACAGCUGAGAGACCAACCAACACUUUUUCAAGUGAUACCAUUCCAAAUCCCAAAGAAGAAUGCAAAGCAAUCCAAUUAAGUUGUGGAAGGACAUUGGAAAAUUACAAGGAUGAUAAUAAAGUGGCAAUUGAAGAGAAGGACCAGGAGAAGCCCAAGAAGAAGGAGAAAGAGCCACAAGCUCCAAGGAAGGAAAAGCAAGUCAUGGAAGAGCAUCCACAAGAACAGAGGAAGGAGGUGAAGCCUUACAUCCCUCCUCUACCAUACCCUCAAAGGUUGCAAAGAGAGCUCAAGGACCAACAAUUUUCCAAGUUUCUGGAGAGAAGCUGGAAUGAAAAAGAGACUGUGAUCUUGACACAAGAAUGUAGUGCUGUAGUUCAAAAAGGUCUCCUACCGAAACUCAAAGACCCUGGGAGUUUCUUUUUGCCUUGCACCAUUGGCAAUAUGUCCAUUGAUAAAGCAUUGUGUGAUCUAGGAUUAAGUAUCAAUCUGAUGCCUUUAUCUAUGAUGAGAAGGUUGUCUAUAGAAGAAGUAAAGCCUACACGGAUGUCCUUGCAACUUGCUGAUAGAUCAAUGGUAAUCCCCAAUGGAAUGGUUGAGAAUCUCUUAGUCAAGGUGGGUAAGUUCAUAUUUCCAGCGGAUUUUGUAAUCCUGGAUCUAGAUGAAGAAGGAAGUGAUUCUAUCAUAUUAGGACGGCCUUUCCUAGCCACAGUAAGAGCCAUCAGUGAUGUGGAGAAAGGAGAAAUGAUCUUGAGAGCACAUGAUGAGCAGAUCAUUCUAAAUGUCUUUAAGGAGAUGCAGCAUCCUACUGAAAAGAAAGGCUGCAUGAGAAUUGAGGAGGAAGAUUUAAACUAG